AUGAAAAAAGCUGGAUCUGGGAUGUGUCCUUUCACCCACAACUCUUCAUCUUCUAUAUAUAGAACCCCUUUGAUGUUGUGGAGGACGACUUUGGUUGGCUCCUUUGUGGGCAAGAAAUUAGCUUUUCCCGUUGUGAAUUCUAUUGCGCAUAAAUUGUGGGGCAAAUUUGGUCUUCAGGAGGUUUUAUCCUCAGAUGCUGGGUUCUAUUUUUUCAAGUUUGAUUCACUCCGUCAAGCUGUUUUAGUUCUUGAAGGAGCGCCUUGGCAUAUGGCUAACAGGCCACUUAUUCUGAAGCGUUGGGAACCUAAUAUGACUCUGGCUAAGGAGAAUCUGCGUUGCAUUCCUGUUUGGGUGAAGCUUUAUAAUAUUCCCUUUGAGUACUGGACAACGAAGGGAUUGAGUCAUGUAGCUAGUGCUGUGGGGCGUCCUUUACGGGCAGAUGUCAUCACUCUUACAUGUAAACGUCUCAGCUAUGCACGUGUUUGUGUUGAGAUUAAUGCAUUGGAUGAGUUAGUGGAGGAAUUCGAUUUCCGUUGUGCGAAUGGGGAUUGGAUAACUAUUCGUGCUGAGUUUGAAUGGGUUCCAAUUAAAUGUUCGAAGUGUGGGGUAUUUGGCCACAAUUGCUCUUCUCAAACCAUGCCUAGUGAGAGUAAGGGUAAGCUUGCCAAGGUUUGGGUUGCUAAAGAUAAGGCUGGACAAAGUGGUGUAGCUAAUGAGAAACCACCUAUUGAGGAUGAAUGGACCCAUGUCUCACAUAAGAGAAAGUCGAUAGUUAGUGUUGAUAAUGGGGUUGCUGUACCUAUUUCUAAGGAGGUCCAGGGAGAGGUUGAUCUGGUGGUUGCCAAUGUGGCUCAUGUAGAUGUUGAUAAAUCAUCUUCACCUAGUGCUCCUAAUUUGCAUCAGGAGGUGUCGUUUGUGCCUAUUGAGACUUCUCAAAUUGGAGAAGUAGGUGAAGUUUCUCCAGAACCUCUUGCCACUCUAGAUGAAGAUGAUAGUGAUACUUCUGUUCCUCAGUCUAACACGUUAGCUAUGAAAGCUAGAGAUUCACUUCAGAAAAAGAAGAAUGGGUUAGGAGGCAAACAUAAGAAAGGUAAAAAGCAUCACUCCCCUAGGGGAGGUUGCUCUGCUCAAGCUAUCCAUGUUCGUGUAAAUGCAUGUAAUGGUAAAUGGAGUUGUGUGGUGUCAGUGGUAUAUGGGGAUAAUAUCCCAGUUAAGCGUGUUGAUCUAUGGGAUGACUUCAUAGCUAGGUGUGGAGGUUUUGCACACUUGCCAUGGGUGGUCAUGGGGGACUUCAAUUCUGUUGUCUCCCCUUUAGAAGUGGCAGGUGGUUCUUCUUCUUGGCCUGCAUGGCAAGAUGAUCUUGGGAAUUGCAUGACAACAGUGGGGUUGGCCGAUUUAAAGCUUGAUGGUUGUUUAUAUAUAUGGUCUAAUAAGCAGGUAUCUGAUCCUACUCUCAAGAAACUAGAUCGUGUAUUGGUGAAUUCGAAGUAG